UCUCGGGGCGGAGGGAUGGGAUCCACGGGGACCACGGGGCCUGUGUAACCCACCUGGAACAUCUGAAGGACUGGUAGGGCGGUGUGGGCUGGAAGGGUCUGCCAACCCAGGAGGAUCGGGGAGUGUGGAGCGACGGGAAAAUUCUCUCUGUGGGAAGAUUGGUGAGAGGGUGCAGAUUCCCUCCAUCCCAUUCCUUACUGCCAUGAUUAUCCCAUCCAGUUAUUCCUGCCUCUGUGGCUUUCUAUGUGGACAUGCUCAGUUCAUGGAGACGUAAAGCCAUGUGUGCCCGGUAAUUGUUGUGCUCAUCAUGAUGUGUCUGUAAUUGUGUGCAGCCUAAGAUAAAAGGCAGGAGUUUGUGCCGCAGCCUGUUCUGUGUGCUUGUGUUCAACCUUGGGAGGCUGGCCCGCCUCAAACCAGAGGGUUAUGGUCCCAUGUACCCCUGUGGAGUCAUGUUUUUGCACAUCUAAUAAAGUUUUGUGAGCUUGCUUUCAUCCCAACACCUGUUUGAAGGCUGAUAUAUUCGUAUUACUCUUGAAAUACAACUUCCCUGCCCACACACACCAUAGCCCACUUGUAGCUGCCAAAGUACAUCCACAAGAAAGUCUUGACCUAUAGUGACAUGAAGAAAAAUGGUCACUGUCGCUUGUAAAUACGUCAGUAUAUUGUGUAAAGUGCACCCUCAGCAAUAGUUGGGAGCCAACGACUCAUCUUUUCAAAUCUGCGAAGGUUCAGGUUCGUCAUUUCCCUACUCUGUGGAACAAAGAAGACACACAAUUGGAUUAAAAAAUGCCUUCUGAACGCUAUGGAUGCUUUUAGUAACGUGGAAAGUUGCCUCCACGAUGUUCCCAUCCAGGCACACAAGCAGGGCUCUCUCAGGUGAUGUUCUGAGUCCUAAAAGCAUUUCAGGUCUGUGCUCGCUCUGCUGGAGCUGAGAUGGAUCUUGAAACACCGUCAUGAAUAUUUGAUGGGUAGUGGCCAUUAGUUGACAGCUGGGAGUUGCAGAGAGUGAGGUACAGCAGAGCAGGGAAACACUAGCUAAGAAAUGGGGUUUUUUUUUAGGUGUUUAAUUUGAGAGGGAUGCAGGUCUUGCUUUGGGGAUGUAGGGGGGCCUCUCUGGUUUUAGUGCAGGGAAACAUUCAGACAUGCUGGGGGCUGAAGUUGUGGCAGUUUGUGCUCGCUCUGUGCACAGUUUGGAAGUUCUGAUGACAGGCAGGUUUUCGUUCACAGCAGUUGAGCAGAGCUCAGCCUUGGCACCAACAGAUUUGUUGUUAGGAAGUUCCUGACUUGACUUUGGCUCUUCACAAGAGUGAAUUGUUAACAAAGUUAAACUGAGCCAGACUGUCUGGUUCUAAAGGAGGUGGGAAGGAGUUUCAUUACAGACCUAGCCAGCUGUUCUGUAAAUACAAAACUCUUUCUUUUAGUUGCUGUUUUGGAAUACUUAAUAGUUGAUAUAUCAUCAGCUUUUUCUAACCAAUUACAUAUGACUAUUAGAUAAUUCUGUUUCUCAGCAGGGAGAUGUUUACCAGGAAAGGAGUUACUGAUUUAGCUGUAAUUUCUGUUUACUUUGGUUUAAAUUAUGCCACUCAUAAUUCCAGUCUGCUACAUAAUGCUGGAAUGGAUGAUGAAGGAUUAGAUUAUUUAUGCAGCAGGAUUUUGAGUUGAAUGCUGCUUGGAUCUAUCCAGGGCUGCUGGUCAAUGGGAUCUUUUUUUCCUUUUAUUUGACUAAAAUUUUAUAGUAGAAGUAACCAUGAAAAUGUAAUUUACAAAGAGUAAUAAAAAGAUGGAAUCCCAUUAAAUCCUUGGUGAGAUUAGUGGUUUGUGCCUUUCUUUCAAACAAAAAACAAAUGAUACUGAUUUCCUCCUGAUAUUUUUCUCCUGUUUUCACAGGAGAAAUAUUGCUUUCAAAGAAUGACAACAGCUGCUUCAGCAAGUGGAUUUGCUGUGCAAGAGGUCAUUAUUUACAGCUGCCAGCUUUAUUGAAUUCUUCCUUACAUUUCAUCCUUAUUUUCUUGUAGAAGUGGCAAAACAACUUAGGGUUGAUGUUUUGUGUGCCAUCAACUGAAAUUGGGACCAUCAUGAAUAUCACCAAGGGUGGGCUGGUGCUGUUCUCAGCUAAUUCCAAUUCCUCAUGCAUGGAACUGUCCAAGAGGAUUGCUGAGCGCUUGGGAGUUGAGAUGGGAAAGGUUCAGGUUUAUCAAGAGCCAAACAGAGAAACACGAGUGCAGAUUCAGGAGUCUGUGAGAGGAAAGGAUGUAUUUAUCAUCCAAACGGUUUCAAAGGAUGUGAAUACCACGAUCAUGGAGCUCCUAAUCAUGGUGUAUGCAUGCAAAACCUCCUGUGCCAAAAGCAUUAUUGGAGUGAUUCCUUACUUCCCCUACAGCAAACAGUGCAAGAUGAGGAAAAGGGGCUCCAUUGUCUCCAAAUUGUUGGCCUCGAUGAUGUGCAAAGCUGGACUAACUCAUCUUAUUACCAUGGACCUACAUCAAAAGGAAAUUCAGGGUUUCUUCAAUAUUCCAGUUGAUAACUUGAGAGCAUCCCCAUUUUUACUCCAGUAUAUCCAAGAAGAGAUACCAGACUACAGGAAUGCUGUAAUUGUGGCCAAAUCUCCUGCAUCUGCAAAGAGGGCACAAUCGUUUGCUGAGCGCCUGCGGUUGGGAAUCGCCGUGAUCCACGGGGAAGCUCAGGAUGCUGAGUCUGACAUGGUGGAUGGUCGGCACUCCCCUCCUACAGCCAAAUAUGUAGCUGCUAUCCACCCCAGCCUGGAGAUCCCCAUGCUGAUUCCUAAGGAAAAGCCACCCAUCACAGUUGUUGGAGAUGUAGGAGGAAGAAUAGCUAUCAUUGUGGAUGACAUCAUAGAUGACGUUGACAGCUUUCUGGCUGCAGCUGAGACCCUCAAGGAGAGAGGGGCCUACAAGAUCUUUGUCAUGGCCACCCAUGGGCUGCUGUCCUCAGAUGCUCCCCGGCUCAUCGAGGAGUCUGCCAUCGAUGAAGUGGUUGUCACAAACACAAUUCCACAUGAAAUACAGAAACUUCAGUGCCCUAAAAUCAAGACUGUGGAUAUCAGCAUGAUCCUGUCAGAAGCCAUUCGCAGGAUCCAUAAUGGGGAGUCCAUGUCCUACCUUUUCAGGAAUAUAGGAGUGGAUGAUUAAAGCUUCUUCCUCUAAACAAACACCCCGGGCCAAACUGGAAGUGAACAGAGAACGAGCUGUGAAGCAUCGUGCUUACCUUAAUAUUUCCAUUGAGCCACUUCUUGUUUUCUCAUGAUUUAAGUAUCAAGGUAGAACAGUUUUUAAGACCUCUUUUUUUUUUUUUUCUUCUCCCCUUUGCAGGUUUUUUUUGGGGGGGGUUGGUGGGAAUAAACAUUUUACAAAAAACUGUUCUAGUUGCUUUUAGGUUAGUUGCACCAUACACAAUGGAAAAAUCCCACAAAACACUUGAGGCAAGAAUUUGGCUUCUAAAUUAAGCAUUCCUUUUCCAAAGCUGCUUGCUACAAGUGCUUUAAAUGAUAACAAAAUGAAGUGACUGUAUGAUAUUUGCAUCUUAAAAGCCAAAAAAGGUUGUACUGUUGUAUGCAGUUCAGUGAUUUUGUAGGAGUGCUUUUAUAGAAAAGCGUAUGGAAUAUGCACCUGUAUUUAUUUUCUGCGACAAAGAAUAAAGACUUGUUUUGUGUGAGCUUUCUAAAAA